CAGUUUUCACCUCUCCAGAUUUCUGUGUUGCUCAUUGCUAUCAGCAAGUUAACUUGGUGGAGUUUUAUCAUUAAUAUUCAGAAGCUGUGAACUAAGCCUCAUGAAUGUGGUGUCUCCUCAUCAGACCUUGUUGGGGUUCAACUGAAGGCGACUGACAGAAGAGAGUUAAGAUACUGAAGGCUGCUGACAAAAGCCUUUUGUUACUUGGUUUUCUACUGUGCAGAAAUAGCUACAAUUCUGACCGAGAGCCGUCAGGGUUUUCUGGGAGGACAGAGGUCGCAGCGACGUCAUGGCCGCGGCGGGUGUCCAGCUCCUGGCUUUCGCCCUGGCCUUAUCUGGGGUCUCUGGAGUCCUCGCGGCCACGCUGCUGCCCAACUGGAAGGUGAACAUGGAUGUGGGCUCCAACAUCAUCACGACCAUUGAGCGGCUGGAAGGGCUGUGGAUGGACUGCACGUGGUACAGCACCGGGAUGUUCAGCUGCACCCUGAAGUACUCCGUCCUGGCCCUCCCCAGCCACGAGCAGGCCGCGCGGGCUGCCAUGAUCCUGGCUUGCAUCCUGUCUGCGGUGGGGAUCUGCACUUCCACAGUGGGGAUGGAGUGCACUCGCUUAGGAGGGGACCCGGAAACCAAGAGGCAUGCCUGUUUUGCUGGAGGAGUUUGUUUCCUGUCUGCAGGGACCUCUGGUUUAAUACCGACUGUGUGGUACACAAAGGAGAUCAUAGCAAACUUUCUGGACUUGACGGUUCCACAAAGCAACAAACAUGAGCCUGGAGGAGCUGUCUACCUUGGAAUCAUUUCGGCCGUGCUGCUGGUGAUCUCUGGCAUGAUCUUCUGCACAUCCUGUCUGAAGAAGAAUUCGGGAGCUUUGCUCCACCCAUGCAAGCAGCCACCCGUCUCCACCGCACAGCCAGAGGACGGUUUGGCAUACAGCCUGAAGGACUAUGUGUGAAAAACUGUGUGAUGCACAUGGAAUUUUUAGGUGCCUGCUGUGACUUUUGUCUUCAAAUACCAGAAUUGUGCUUAACUUUCUCUACAAAGAAUGUGAAAUACUUUAAAAAUGAAGUUUUUAAAAAUGCUAGAUUUUGUGUAUACCUGUUUUACAUUACUUUCCCAUUAUUGUCAUGUUUUAUCUGAAGAUUUAUAAAAGAAAGAGGUUCAGAUUAUAUUAAUAAGGCAAUUAUUUCACAGCCUUUUCUUCUUAAAGAUAAACUGUUGAUACAUCUUACUGCUGCUGCUAAGUCACUUCAGUUGUGUCCGACUCUGUGCAACCCCAUAGACAGCAGCCCACCAGGCUCCCCCUUCCCUGGGAUUCUCCAGGCAAGAGCACUGGAGUGGGCUGCCAUUACAUCUUACUAACCGGAGAAGAACUAAGUAUAAAAAGCACCUUGUCCUGGUGUUAAUUCAGGAUAUCAUCUGCUUUUGCUAUCUCUGCCUGACAACAGUAACUUACUUCUGUUUUCAAGCUCCAUUGUAUGACUGCACCUUACGUACAGAAGAUGUCCACUUGUUUCAGAGGUGGCCCAAACCCCAAGUCCCCAUCCACUGUGGCCUCCCAGCAGAGGACAUUUUUUACACUUUAGGAAAUAUAAUCUCCAUACAAUAUGGCGUUCAAAGAUUAGGUGGAAAUAAAGGAAAUUGGUAAAUGCUACCACAGCAAAGCAAAAUCAAACUAAACCCAAACUGAAAUCUCUAGGACUUUUAAAGCAUUAUGUAUAAGCUAAGUGAAAACAAGAAGAAUCUGUUUUAAAAUGCUUAUGAACUGCCCUCUUGUGGCUGCUAACAAGAGGACUCUCCAGAUUAGGUUCAUUUACCUCUCGCAUUUUUGAUUUGCCCCUGUCAUUUAAUAUCACACUGAUUAGUAUUUGAAUGCUAAAGGUUACUU